ACUACCGUGAUCGUGUGUGAUCCUGAUCCAUCGUCGCUCAUGGUCAUGGAAGCGCGGCAGCACUACUCCGCCAGGGCAGUAUUCCUCCUCGUUGCGCCAACGGCGGCGGCGGCGCCGCCGAGCAUAUCUCCCGCACCGGCGGCGUUGCCAGGAGUUGCCGGCGCUCUGCCGGGCGCCGGUGAGGCCGUCGAGGAUGGCCACGGCGGCGGUCCCUUAGCCGUGUCGUUUAACACCAACGCCAUCGUCCUGCUCGCCCUCCUCGUCUGCGGCAUCGUCGCCGCGGUCGCGCUCCACGUCGUCCUCCAGUGCGCGCUCCGCGUCACGCGGCGCGCGUGCAGCUACGGGGCGGACGGCGCCGCCGGCGGCCGGCUGCAGGAGCUGCCGAGACGCGCCACCGCGGGAAGAGGAGGAGGAGGAGGCCACACCCACACGGGGCAGGGCGACGUGGGCAGGAAGCGGACGCCGCCGCUGUCGAAGACGAUCCCGCGGGUGGCGUACACGGAGGGGCUCGAGCUGGCCGGCUCGUCGCCGUCGGAGUGCGCCAUAUGCCUCACCGAGUUCGCGCGCGGGGAGCAGCUGCGCGUGCUGCCACGCUGCAACCACGGUUUCCACCCCCGCUGCAUUGACCGGUGGCUCGCCGCGCGGCCGACGUGCCCCACAUGCAGGCAAGCACCUUUCGCCGCCGAGCCCGUCAAGCCGGAGCCGGACCAUGCACCGGCGCCGACGCCGGGCGCUGUGCACACGGUGCGGGUGAUAAUAGUCACUACUCAAUAGUCAGCAGAUGGUGCCCGUGGCCGCUGCCUCUCUUGUGGAGCCUAAGGCCUAAGUAUGCACAUUGUCAAAGUAGUAGUACAGUAGUAGUGACAAAUUGCUAGGAAACGAUUUUAAAC